AUGAAUUCCUUUUCUGCUCAACAAAUUUUAAAUGUACGUGAAGAUCCACGCUUACGUGAACAAGAAUGGGGUAAUCUUAUGGAUCCGUCAGUACGUGAACAAGAAUUAAUUGAGCAAAAGAAAGUUGGUGAUUUUUUUUAUCGUUUUCGUAAUGGUGAAAGUGGUGCUGAUGUUUAUGAUCGUUGUUCACUAUUUUUGGAUACGCUUUCUAGAGAAAUGAAUACUGGUUAUUUUCCAUCUGAUAAUAUUCUCAUUGUUAGUCAUGGUCUAUUUAUGCGUCUAUUUUUAAUGAGAUAUUUUCGUUGGACAACAGAAAAACAUCAGGAAUUAAAAAAUUUUCGUAAUUGUGAAUUUUGUAUUUUAGAGCUUAAUCGACAAACUGGUUCAUAUGAACUAAAAACACAAUUAAUAGAAAAAUAA